CGGCCCUCGAGGCUCCCAGGCCCGCUAGUAGGGGCUGUCAGCGUGGGCGGCAAUGGGGAAAGAGGGCUAAGGCCUGGCUGGGGUCUGGGUUGGAGGAUUCUGGGCUGGGACUGAGGAAAGCGCGGGAGUGAAGGGUCUUCACCGGGCGACUUAGGGGCCUGCUAGUUGUGUGUGGAGACUGGAGGGGCUGAGGCGCUGCGGGAGGAACCUGCCUCCAGGUCAGGGGGUCUGAUCCUCGAGAGCCUCCGGCCUGGAGAGCUCCUGGGAAGCAAGCGUGGAAGGCCGGGUGGUGAGAGGAUCGCCAGGUCCCAGAGCCCUCGGGGCCACCUGUGCAGCCCAUCUCCGGUUGCCUGGAGGAUGGAGGCCCUUCCUUAUCGCCACCGUAGCCAUCGGGAGCAUCCAUUGGAUCAGUCUACAAGUCUGGUAAUGGGAUAGCCACUGAGAUUUGGGACUGACUGGGGAAUCCUGUGCCUGUGCAUUACACUUCAUACUGUACUACAGUCUUCGAUCUGACCUUCCUAGGGUGCAAAUAGCUAUGGGCAACUUGGCCUUGGCCAUAAGGAAGAUGUGCUUUUGCCCCAGCAGCUGAAUGACUUCUGUAAACCUGAGUGUGUCAGGAUGAUCACGGGAGGCGGGGGCCACUCUGCAAUUGUCACAGAUGGAGGAGGUCUUUUUGUUUGUGGCCUGAACAAAGAUGGGCAACUGGGACUUGGUCACACAGAGGAUGUUCUGUAUUUUACCCUCUGCAAAUCCCUUCUUGGCUGUCCUGUCCAACAGGUGGCCUGUGGCUGGGAUUUUACCAUUAUACUCACAGAAAAUGGUCAAGUUCUAUCAUGUGGAUCCAAUUCCUUUGGCCAGUUAGGAGUCCCUCAUGGGCCUCGAAGAUGUGUGGUUCCCCAGGCCAUAGAGCUCCUGAGGGAAAAGGUUGCUUGUGUUGCUGCUGGACUGAGGCAUGCCUUAGCUGCUACAGUGAGUGGCAUCGUGUUCCAGUGGGGGACUGGUUUGGCAUCAUCUGGACGACGGUCAUGCCCUGGGCAGACUCUCCCAUUGUUUUUGACAGCAAGGGAACCAAGCAGAGUGACAGGCCUAGAGAAUUGUAAAGCAAUAUGUGUUCUUGCUGGCUCAGACCACUCAGCUUCAUUAACAGAUGCAGGAGAGCUGUAUGUUUGGGGAAGUAACAAGCAUGGGCAACUGGCUACCCAGGCUGCUUUCCUUCCUAUGCCCCAGAAAAUAGAAGCACAUUGCUUUCAGAAUGAGAAGGUCACUGCCAUCUGGAGUGGGUGGACACACCUGAUUGCUCAGACAGAAACCAGCAAGUUGUUCACUUGGGGCCGAGCAGACUAUGGUCAAUUAGGGAGGAAGUUGGAGUCUCAUGAUGGCUGGAAAGGAGAAAAGCAGGAUUCGGUCUUCCCUUCCUCGAGACCACAAAACAGCCCACCUUCAUCUCUGCAUUGCCUUACAGGAGCAACUGAGGUUUCUUGUGGCUCAGAGCAUAAUUUGGCAGUAAUUGGAUUUUCUUUCAUAUCUGACACAAUUUCCUGGUUGGCUUUCAUUUGUGGACAUAUGCUGAAGUCAGCAGAGGUGGAGUGUGUCACUCCUGGGGCUGGAACGAGCAUGGCAUGUGUGGUGAUGGCACCGAAGUCAACGUCUGGGCCCCGAAGCCGGUGCAGUUUCUACAGUCAGCAUCAGGACUCCUUGUGGGAUGUGGCGCUGGCCACUCCCUGGCCCUCUGUCAGCUGCCAGCAUACCUUGCACUGGGCCAAGCUCCCAGGGUCACCUACUCUCCCAUGGAUGCCACAGAGGACACCGAAUUUCAGGAAGCCAUGGACAGAGGGAGAAAUCAGAAGGAAAGACAAUCAGAAACUUCAGCCCAAAGCCAUUCUGACAGUCCUAGAAAUGGAGGUCUAUGAUAGACAACCUUUAAUAAAGUGGCCUUUCCCUCCAAAAGUAUUUUUGAAGACCUGCUUUGUUGGGUUAUGGGAUUGAGCUGAGAAGGACGCAGAGGCACAGCUGGUUGGGCUGACCACAAACCAGAACAAUGGAGGCUGUUUUCCUGGUGUCCAGGCUUUUAAAGAGAACACAUCCCUUCUAUUCAGUAAAUGAGAAUGAGGGAUGAGUCCCCACAAAAGGACAUGGAAAACUAAAACUCCAGCAGAAGGUUCCAACCUCUCCUUGCCUGAUAGAGACAGAAAACCCCUCCCUAGUGCCAUGGCUGUUUUGGUCUAGCAGUGUUUGAAUCAGCUAAACAGAGGGUUCCUUGGUCAUGCUUAAGUAGCCACAAGCCCCUGCUGCGUUUUAUUCUUAGGAACCAGAGCUUGCAGUCUGCUUGCUCAAGAAUACUGAGGUGCUCCACCUGGACACUUGGAAACGAAGGUGCUCUCACCUUGCUGCUUAGGGCCAAGG